AUGAUUAUCGCUCUUUCGUUUUGUAUCUUGUUCCCAUUACAAUCUCUCUGUGAAACUUACAGAAGAGAAGUUUGCGGUCUUAAUGAAGAAUAUUCGACUUGUAAGGAAGUAUGUCCCGAUACAUGCGAAAACUAUGGCACCAAAAGGAUAUGUGAUUGGUGGCAAUGCGAAAGCGGUUGCCAAUGCAAAAAAGGGUUUGUUAGGGAUUCGAAUGGAGACUGUAUCAAGCCAACACAAUGUACAAAUCCAACCGUGUGUAAUAGACAAGGAGAAGAAUAUAGCGAAUGUGGCAAAGCUGACUAUUGUCAACUCACCUGUGAAAAUAUCAACGAUCCCUCUAUGUAUUGGUGUCGCAGAAAAUAUUGUCAACAAGGAUGCUUUUGUAAGAAAGGAUUUGUCAGGGAUUUUAACUGGAAUUGUAUCCCUAAAGAGGAAUGCCCUAAAAAAACUGGACCAGGAUUUAACUGCAGUAAACCCAAUGAAUAUUAUCAAUUAUGUGGAUCCGCUUGUCCACCGACAUGCCAAAACUAUGGCAAAACAAUGAAAUGUCCAUUAAAUUGCGUCGAAGGAUGCUUUUGUCGAGAAGAUCUUGUUAGAGAUUCAAAUUCGGAAAAUCAAUCCUGCAUCUAUCCUGCGGAAUGCACGAAUCCCCCAGUGUGUAUAGGUCCGGGAGAAGAAUAUCAAUUCUGUGGAACGGAUUGCCCAUUAACAUGCGAAAAUUACAAAUCUCCUCCCACGUGCACCGCAGUUUGCAAAUCUGGGUGCUUCUGCAAGAAAGGACUCGUAAGAGAUAUGGAUGGAGAUUGCGUCUUACCUAAACACUGUAGCAAAAUAUGUAAAGAAAGAGAAGUCCUACACAAUUGCGGAUGUGAAAAUAAAUGCACUGGUUUUUUGGAAGAUUAUACGCUUCACUGUCCGAAUAAUUGCACCAAAGCUUGCUCUUGUGAGGAAAAUAUGGCUCGACAUCCUGUAAAUGGUUUAUGUAUACCGAAAGAAGAAUGUCCCGAAAUUCACCCUUAUUUCUUAAAAUUAUUUUAA